UGUUAAUGUAUGCAAUCUUAGUUUCUAUGUAACACCACCCUGGCAAACGGAAACGAAUGUAAGAUUUUAGACCUAAUUUGAAUUCUCGGAAAGAAGAUUUCUAGAUACUAAAUAGAUUUAGAUCUGCUUAGUGAUUCAUUUAGAAAGGAACCAAAUUUUAUAUCGAGAUCAGGUCCUAGCAUCACAUAUCCAAUGUAUUUCAGGAAAUAGAAUCUACAUUAUUAGCUGAGUUGUAAAAAUGACAGACAACGAUCCUCCCGAAAGGGAAAUAAAGGAUUUUGAAUUUAUUCAACUCUGUAAGUUCCGUGUUAGUACAUCUGACAAUGCAGAUUUAUUCAGCAAAAGAGGAAAGCUUGUUGCAUGUUCUUCCAACUAUGGUCUUCUCUUUUUUGGCACCAAAUCAGGGUUUAAUGUUGUGAAAACACAAGAGUUGAUGAAGAUUGAUGAAGGUCUAGGUAAAGAGAGAAACAAAGUGACUGUCAAUGAUGUGCCUGUGGAGUUUAAAGUGGAUAUAAACUCAUCCCAAUUAGUAAUCCUAGAUGUGAGUGGUGACGGGCUUUACCUUGCUGCUGUUGUAUCUCAAGCAGGAACAUUUUCUGUACUGUUCUAUGACAUUCGCAUUUUUGCUGAUAAGAAUGCUCCAGUGUUUCCAUUUGCUACUAUGCCACUAUCAGUGUCCCAGCCUGGAUCAGUGUUGGAUCUGUCUUGGAAUCCAGCCGUGUACAGCAUGUUAGCUGUUUGUACCUCAGAUGGUCUUGUACAGCUUGUAGAUGUUGCUGACAAACCAAAAGUCAUUGCCACUUUACCCAGUCAAGUGGGGGCUUCAUGCUUUUGCUGGAGUCCAAAAGGCAAGCAGCUAUUAGUUGGAAAGAUGGAUGGAAGUUUAGGACAAUAUGACCAUGGCCUUGUGGAGAAAAAAAAUUGGCCAGUUCCUAAUAUUUUAAAAGAUGCACAUUCUGUUCUUGAUGUUGUUUGGCAAUCAACGCACACAUUCAUUGCUGCUUACCUGCCGGUUGGUGCUCAGCCUUCAGAACAGCCCUCUGUUAUAUUAACUUCAGCAAAUAAAGAUCAAGUUCUCCAUAUCAAUUUCUAUGAUGUGUGUUUUGGGAAUGGGGAAGAAAGACAACCUCAUUACUUUUUUCAUCAAGUUUUGAAAUGGGAAAUGGUUCUCAUUGCAUCCAGCAAUUCAACAGAAGCAACAGUCAUUGGUAAAAAUUUAGAUGACAAGACCAGCUGGGAACACUGGAACUUAGAGGAUUGUUCUAGAGCACAAUUGCCUUUAACAGCAGAUCAGAAUGACUCAUUCCCUGUUGGCCUUGCAGUGGACUACUCCCCCAUGAAACAAAUUAUGCUCAGUGACAACAAAUGUCUCCCACCAUGUCCAGUCAUGUAUCUGCUGACCACUGAUGGCAUACUUCUGGGCUAUUAUUUACACUAUAGCCAUAAAGAUGCUGCACCUGCAACAACACCGGCACAUGCUCUAAGUUCAGUUGGUGCAAGGAAAGGGGUGCCUGGGACAUUCACUGCUGUUUCACCACCUAAACAGCCUGCCCAAGAUACUUCAAACUCUGCUCUGUUAGCCACUCCUCUCAAUGUCUUUGGAGUCAACAAGCCCACAGCAACACCAGCUCCCAGCAUCUUUGGUGCCCCUGCUGCCAGUCCCUUUGGAGCUCCAACCCCAACACAGAGUAUCUUUGGAGGCAGAACCCCAACUUCAGGUAUAUUUGGAGCGCCUGCUACGACAUCAAAUGUUUUUACAGCACCAACACCAACUGCAAGUAUAUUUGGAACACCAACAUCAACGUUAGGCUUAUUUGGAGCAUCCGCCUCCACAUCAAGUGUUUUUACAGCACCCACGCCAACUUCAAGCAUUUUUGGAAAAUCAGCAACACCAGCAUCUACUUUAUCUACCCCGAAUGUCUUUGGGGUGGCGGCUCCAGUUGCCACCUCAGCACCUGGUAGCACUGGUGCUGGAGCAACUCCUAGCCUGUUUGGUUCUGCUGUUCCUACUGCAACUUCAACUCCUGCUGUGUUUGGUUCAGUGUCACCUGCAACAUCCACAAAUGUAUUUUCAACAACGACAACUACUUCAGCCUUCUCAUUUUCAGGACUAGGGACAAAGACUACAACAACUCCUAAUUCAGCUUUCACUGGACGUUCUUUUGCUUUGCCACCCUCUGCACCUGCUACAGUGUCAUCUAAAGGGGAUUCUAUAUCAGUAUUUGGCCAGCAGAAAGCUACACCACAAUCCCAGCCAGUUUUUGGAUCCCUACAGCCAUCUUCUGCUUCUGUGACACCAGUUUCUUCAAUGAAGGCCACUGGUGUUGAUGUAGGUCAAGGCACUCUCAAAAAUGAAGCAGCGUCAACAUCCAGUUUGUUUGGCGCUCAUCAAGCUCCAUCUGCCUUCACUUUGAAAACACAGCAGCCUGGUGGUUCAAUCAGUCAAGGACAGAGCAAAUCACCUCUUCAGACUACAACUCCACCAGCUCAGCCGCUAACUAAAGUCAUGACCCAGCCACAAAAACAGAAUAGUACAAACUUAGCAGUCUCCCAAUCAACUAAUGUGGAAGCAGCUCUGGACAGCUCUUUUACUCAGAAUAUACAGGAUGAAAUUGCAGACUUUGAGAAGGAGCUUGAUGAACUGAGAGCUCGUUCAAAGCAAAGAUUUGAUAGUGUUGGAACACCUAAAGAGAAGGAAACACUGAUUCAAGAAACUGAAAGAUUGAUUCACUUUUUUAAGGAGAUUAAUAUAACUACAAAGGAACAACUGAGAGAAGCCCAGGAACAGAAGAAUUGCUGCUACAACUUAUUUGCUACCAUUGAGAACUGUAAAAUGCAACAUGAGCUCUCAAAUGAUCCUCACCACAAUAAGUUACUACAGAGUAAGAAGUUAGACCCAGCUGGUAUGCAAAAGUUGAAGACGUUGCAGCAGAUGUCACAAGCUAUAGAGUUCAGCUUGGAGGAAGUGGAUCAUGUGCUGGAUGCCAAGUGGCAGGAACAUUUGAACAACAAGAAAAAAGAAGAAAGAUUACUUACUCCAACUGGAGAUUCCAUCUACAAGGCCAUCAAAAACAAUAACACACUGAUCAUGUGCAACUGGGAUAAACUCAAGAAACUGGAAGAACAGUUCAUGAAUCUCAAGAUGUACAGCAAGGCCUCCAACAGGGACAUUCAGUCACUCAAACAGACUGUGUUGAACGGUGACAAUCAAUCUUCAAGUCAGCCUUCUCCCAACUUGACUUCUGCUGUGGCCAAUGGAAUGACACCUGAAAAAAUAGCAAGACUUAGAGACUUUCUUUCCCAAAGAAAAGUUCCUAGGGUGAAAUCAACAACUCCAACUAAUAUCUCACUGUCAAGGAUUAUCUCUCAAAGUCCAGGCCAUAGUCCAAGUGAGUCAGCUAGCCCACAACAGCAGCAGUCUGCUCAGAGAAAACAUGCAUUGAAAGAACAGCAGCAGACCCCAACUGGCCCUCCCACAUCUACUCCUGUAGCCCCUGCAGAUUUGUUCAGAGCCAAUGGAGCUUCAGAAAAAAUGAGAAUGAGUGUCCCACCAGUCUCACCAGCAGUGAAAGUUGAAAAUUUAUCCCCAGCUUCAAAUACAACACAUGCACCAUCGUCAAAGAUUCCACCGACAUCUUUCUCUGGUGUUGCCUACUUUAAGCCAUCACCACAAACUGUAGUUGUGACCAAGCCUCUACUAACAACACCUCAGUCUGCUAAAUCACCAUUGGGCUUGUCUGAAGCUGCUAGGAGUAUCACUUUUUCCAAUCCUCCUGGUGGACUCAAAGAGGAGAUUCCACAGUCUGCUUACUAUGAGGAUGUAACCACUGAAGAUGACAAUGAUGAAGAGGAGGAGGACUAUGAGGAUGAGGACAAUGGCUACGAGGAUGAGGAUGAAGAAGAAGAGGAUACUGGUUAUGAUGAGGUAGAGAAAGUUGAUGGUGCCUCUUUUUCAUUUGGCCAAACUCCUACAUCUUCUAAAACAGCUGCUGGGGGAACUUUUAAGCCUCCACAGAACACAAGUUUAAGUUCCUUAGGCAAACCCACUGGACAGCCAACAGCUUUGAAUGAUAUAUUUAGCCCAAAACCUUUGAUACCCUCAAAUGAAUCAGAGAAGUCAAGUUUAACUAGAUCAAGCAGCAAUGGUUUUAGUGUGACCCUACCUAAACCCAGUGAACCCUCUUCAAAGUUUGUCUUUGGUGGUGGCUCUGCAGUCACAGUUACAACUACAAGUACCACAACACUUUUUGGCCAGAAGACUGAAUCAAAGCAGGCAACAGGGUUUUCAUUUGGCGGCACUGCUGUGUUUGGUCAGAAGUUACCAGCAUCAUCUGGUGUUGCCCCUACUUCUUCCAUUUUUGGUUCCGUUGCAACACCGUCUAAGAAUGUCACAUUUUCUGAUGUGAAUGUUAAAAAUCAAGAACGCUCAGACAAAGGUGACGGCUCCACAGCUGCUGAUUCCAAAAUAGAUGUAAUCAAAUCAACACCUCAGUCAACAAGUCCGACAAGUAGUGUUAGUGUGUCAAGUUUAGGUCAAAGAAGUGAAAAAAACACGUCUGAUGCAAGCCAGUUUAACUUUGGAGCUACUCCCUCAACAGGUCAAAGCAGCUCAACUGUAUUUGGUCAGACUUCACAAGCUGCAGCUAAACCAUCAGGCGAUCUUCAGAAUAGUACUACUGUUACAACAGAUGAGUCUACUGUAUCAUCUUCAACCCAGCCAUCUACUGUCAAUACAACAUCAACUUUAACAUCAGUAUUUGGAAGCACAUCUACCACUACAGCAGCAUCAGGUUUUGGUAGUCCUGCUUCUUCUGUUCCUGGAAUCACAACACCAUCUGCACCAACCACAGCAACAUCAUCCUUUGGCACUCCUGCUACUUCUGUGAUUGGUGCCUCAACAUCUGCACCUGCUACUACACUAGUUUCAGAUGCUGCUGCUUCAAAUGCAUCUUCUAUCUUUAGUGGGAGCAAAUCAUCAAUUUUUGGUUUGUCAUCUACCCCUACACAGCCUUUGUUUGGCACACCCACUACAACAGCAUCCUCAGUAUUUGGAGGCACUCCUUCUACUUCAGCAGCAUCAAUUUUUGGAGGAUCUGCUGCUUCUGCUAAGUCUGUAUUUGGGGGCAACACAGGUACCCCUGAAACCUCUUCAGCAUCAGUCUUUGGAGGAUCUGCUUCUACUACUUCUGUAUUUGGUGGGAGCACAGGUUCCACACUGUUUGGCGGACCUAAAGUCACAGCCUCCUCUAGCGUUUUUGGUGGAGCUGCUGCAACCACUGCAUCUGUUUUUGGCUCCCCUGCUGCAUCCACAAGUUCAUCAUCUGUCUUUGGAAAUCCCGUCACCACGACAUCAUCAUCCCUGUUUGGAACAGCAUCGUCUGCAUUUGGUGUAGCAAGUACAGCGGCAUCUUCAACUCCCUUUGGUGGAACCAGCUCGUCAUCUACUAAUUUGUUUGGUGCAGCCACCAUAACAACAUCCUCGACACCCUUUGGCACAGCAGCAACCACCACAGCCUCAGCAGUAUUUGGUGGAGGUACUGGCACCUCACAGACAUCAGUGUUUGGUAAUAGUGGCUCAGUGUUUGGUCAAACCUCCAGUAAGCCACUCUUCGGUGGUACCUCUGCAGCACCAGUGUUUGGAAGCUCAGGUACCACUUCCAACAACAGCAAUGUAUUUGGUGCAUCUUCAGGUACCAGUGUGUUUGGUUCCAGCAGUGGUACAUCAGCAUUGUCUCCUGGCACUGGCUUGUUUGGGGCUGGAACUAAUUCAGGCUCAACCUUUGGACAAACCUUUGGCUUUGGUUCGUCAGCCAACUCAGCAUCUACUACGUCCUCUGUAUUUGGACAGCAGGCUAAUUUACCAUCAACAUCCUCAUCUGUGUUUGGACAGUCCAGUUUUGGAACUUCAAGCUUUGGGUUUGGUGGCCUAGGUGGGAAGCCAUCAGAAGAGAAAGCUAAGCAAAAUGUCUUUGGUACACCUCAGGUGUUUGGGUCUUCAGCACAAACUAACAAUUUAUUUGGUGGUGGAGGAAGCAGCACUUUUGGUGGAACAUCAUCAUCACCUUUCUCUAGCAGUUCAUCUGGUGGUGGUGGUGGUGGAUUCGCUGGUGGCACUGGAGUGGCUUCUACAGGUUUUGGUGUCUCAACACAACAGAGUUCUGGAUUGUUAGGACCAGCUCCAGCCUUUGGAACAGCACCAAGUUUUGGAAGCUCUGCUACUUUUGGCAGCAAACCUGCUUUUGGCUCCAGUCCUGCCUUUGGUGGUGUACCAGCAUUUGGUGCGUCUCCAUCUUUUGCUAGUCCCUCUUCUGGCACCUCUUUCGGCUCAUCUUCCACUGGAGGCUUUGGCAACUUUGCUAGUGUCCAGGCUCCCACUUUUGGUCAGUUGGCUCAAGCUUCACCAUCAUCUACUACUACAGGGUUUGGUGGGUUUGGGUCCUCCCAGACUAGCCAGUCCUCUGUGUUUGGUGGUGGCUUCAACUCAUCUCAAAGUACAUUUGGUGGAGGGGGAGGCAGUUCUGUGUUUGGGCAAGCUGCGUCUAGCCCUAGCUUUGGUGGUACUCCAACUCAAGGGUUUGGUGCCAGUCCAUCACUUGGUGGUAACCCAGCUUUUAGUUCCUACAGAGGUUAACUCCUCACUGAUGGAGGAAUGUCUUCUUUACAUUUGUAGUCAACCUUCUUUUUUUUUUUUAUUUUGUGACUAAGCAUAAAUAUUGGUGGGAAAAUAAUUCUUUCAUCAAAUAUUGUUCUAUUUUAUUGUAGUUCAAAAAGUGAUCCCUAGAUGUAGUAAUUAUUUGGUCUCCCAUUUCUUUCCUAUUGUUUUCUGUGUGUCUUCGCCAAUCUGAAAACUCUCCAGUGUAAGGACAGUGCCUGGCCAGACUUCUAUUUAGUGUCUCUUACUGAAUGCCUUGGACCAAAUACCUCUCCUCUAAGUAAAUAACAUACGAAAGGUGAUAGAGGCUUGACUGUGUUCACUCAAUGUUACCGUUGUAUCAGGGAUGUCAAUGUUGUUCUGUGACUUGAAACAUGUGAAUAAAAGAAAUUUUGAAACAUA